UCAGGGCUCCUGCCUUUCCUCGCCAUCCUUCCGAUGAGACUGCCAAGAGGCAACCGUUGGGACAACUUGGAAGUGCAAUAAUUCAUCGCCGUCGUCGUCCUUGUUUUGCUUUUUUUUUCCCUAAAAGAAGAAGACCGGGAGCCAUUUCUCAGAGGCAGGUAUUACUGCUGCUCCCCCUCCCCUUCUUUUCCCCCUCCCCGCUUCUUCUUCUUCCUCUUCUUCUUCUCCUCCUCCUCCUCCUCCUCCUCCCCAAAAGGACAAGAGACGUGAACUUUUACAGGGUUACUAUGCAAUUGCGACUGGUUUCUUGGUUUUUUAUCACUUUGAACUUGAUGGAAUACGUCGGCAGCCAGCAGCAACCUUCCAGAGUCCGGCGACAGGGAAGAACGCAUCGCAAUAUGAGCCAAGCUUGCCAAGGAGGAUGUGCAACAUGUUCAGAAUACAAUGGAUGCAUAUUAUGUAAACCUCGACUCUUUUUUUUUCUGGAGAGGAAUGGCAUGAAACAGAUAGGGCUGUGUCUUUCAUCCUGUCCCAGUGGAUAUUUUGGACAACGAUCCCCAGAAAGAAAUGAGUGUGCAAAAUGUCAACCUGACUGUGAAGCCUGCUUCAAUCAAAAUUUCUGCACAAAGUGUAAAAAUGGGUUUUACUUACGCAUUGGAAAGUGCCUUGAAAACUGCCCUGAUUGGCUGGAACCCAACAAUAACACUAUGGAGUGCAGUGAUAUUGUGCAUUGCAAAGUUAAUGAAUGGAGCCCAUGGAGUCUUUGCACAAAAAAGGGGAAAUCAUGUGGUUUCAAAAGGGGGAAUGAAACAAGGUCCAGAGAAAUCCUACAGCUUCCUUCUACAAAGGGCAAACUAUGCCCACAUACAAAUGAGACAAGAAAAUGUGUUGUACGAAAAACGAAGUGUCCAAGAGAAAAAGGACCAAGGAAGGAAAGAAGAAAAAAUCCAAAAAGAGGAGAAAGCAAGGAAACAAGUCAGGAAAACAGAGGCCAAGAAUCCAGAAGGCAAAACCAAGAACGAGAAAACAAAAGUAAAACGCAACAGAAGAAAAGAAGAGCACAGGAUAAACAGCAGAAACCAGUAUCCAUCAGCACUGCACACUAAUCACCUAACACCACUGUUUAAGACUUUUGCUGCUGCUAUCUCCACCAGAUUCCUGGGGUUAGUGCUCCCCAAUUAUGCCACAAAUGGACAAUAUUACCAUUUAUACUCAAAUCUUAAACAACAUUCCAAAUAAUUGCUAUUAUAUUGUUCAUGCAGUCAUAGUUUAUGCAAGAGACUGACGUGAGCCAAGAUUUUUUUU